GAGGCGGGCCCGCAGCUUCACGUCAUCAGAAGGGACCCAGGUCUCUUCGAACGACGUCCUAGAGCAUCCCCUCCGCGAACAGCGCCAGCAGCGGGUGCUUCAGAUCAGCUGGUACGCAAAUCCACGAUUAUCCAACUGAUAGGUGGUGCUAAAAAUCCAACCAGAAGUGAAAACAGCGGCGGCCCGACGGGUAAAAGGUUGUAACAAGAAUGACGAUGGUGGACGUGGAAAGGGAAUCGCGCUGGACGGAGCUCGAGAGACUCAAACAGCAAGGUGACUGGCAGGGUGCGUUGGUGGCGUGCUCGGCGCGCCACGACCCCCUGCUCCUGUGGCUGCAGCCCACCAGGGACGUCCUGACGUUCAUCGGGGAGGCGGCCCGUCGCCUCGGCAUCCGCGAUGUGGUCAGCGUCGGCUGCGGCUCGGGUCUGUUCGAAUGGCUGCUGGCCAGCGCCACUGGACUGCAAGUGAAGGGUCUGGAGGUGAACCGCGGCUGGUGGGAGAGCCGCUACUCGCCGCCCACAUUCCUGAACCUCGUCUUCCCGGAUGAUGAUCGCGAUCGCUCGGCAGUUGAGGAGGCACUGAAGGGCCGUGAGGACGUCGGCAUCAUGUUCUGCUACUUCAACGACACGUCCGCCUUCCUCGAGUACAUGCGCGUCUUCAGGGGCCGCGUGCUGGUGGUGGCGGGGCCCGGGCGCGGGUGCACGCACGCCACCUGCCACCCCCAGCCCUUCUCCACCACCAUACCCGCGCCCUGGGGGCUGCACUCCUCCACCCCCAUCGGCAACACGGGAGAUUUCGUGGCCGUGUACACGCGAUGAAUGCGAAAGACUACUUACUUGGGCCCUGGAGUUCUAUUCAUUCCAUUUUCGUUCAAGGAAUUCUACCUCCUUUAUCAUCAUCAUCAUCAUCAUCACCAAUAUUUUGUGUCGUUCUUUUAACAUCAUCUCUUUUAUAGGUUCUGUAUAAGUAACCGUGAUUAAAAUUUCACGCUCUGCUGUUCAGGAGAUGUAAAACACAACAUCAUAAAUAAAAUGGUAAAAAUAAAAAAA